UAGUUUUUCCUAACAGCGGAGGGAUCAUUUGUGAAAGUUGACUUUUUGUUGGAAGGAAGGCGCAUUUCUUUGAUAACUUCUUGUACGUUGUUUAUAAAUAAUGUGCUUUUCACGCAUUUAGUGUACGCGAAGAUAGAAAAACAGACGAACCAAAUGUAGUGGUCUGGGAAAAAAGACCCCAGAUUUUUAGCUAGAGCUAAAAUGCCCGCGUGCCACUUUUCUACAGUUUGCUAGCGCAGGGUCAUGACAGUGGGGGAGCGGGCCGCGGAGUGCGACGCUGAUGUCCUGGUCAGUUUCGGGGAGUCUCUGCAGGUCUAUGCGGGGCUGCUGACAGUGGCGACAGUUUGCGGGGGGCUGUGCGGGGUGUUAGCCGCGUCUCUCCUCUACGUGCUCUGCGUGAAGCCGUUGCUCCUGACCAAACAGGGUUACAAUGCCCGGAGGCUGCUGGAGCCUGACGAUGGAGAGCUGGAUCACAACCCAAGCGACACAAAGGAAGCUGCGAGUCUGACCAACAAUGACAAAGAUAAGCAGCAGCAGCCGCCCAUGAACAGCGACGUGACGGCGUUUGCCUCCAGAGCGAAGGUGGUUUACCCCAUCAACCAGAAAUACAGACCUUUAGCAGAUGGGGCAUCCAACCCAUCACUGCAUGAGCACUCCAAGCUGCCACCCGUGGCUGACGAUGAAGAGUCAUCCUCCUCCUCGGAUGGAGAGUCCCUGAGCCAAGAGCAGGACAAUGAUGACAGCAGCCAGUUCAUCUCCUCCUCACUGGUACCCAAGAGCCUACAGAACCAAACUUUCAUCAGGGUCUCCCACUACCCCCAGACGCUGACGCAGACAUGUUUUGAAGGAAGGAUCAGUCUUUACUGUUUAGCCCUGCAGCACGUACAACAUUUCAGCUCUCAGCUUCAAGAAGACAAAUAUGUGAUUUUUCUGCAACUUCUGAAGAAAAUAUUCACCAGUCGGUUUCCAAAAGACCAAAAUGAUGCAAAUUUCACCAAUAAUAUUCUUCAGAUGAAAGAAAAGGAACUGAAUGACUUGAGGAAACAGUCACCAGCGAGCCAAACUUUAAGCAAAGAGAGUUUUGACGUUCCCUGCUCACUGGAGGAGAUUGAAAGAGCUCAGAAAGAUCUCCUUGAACAUGGGCUGGAAAUGUCUAAAGAGUUCAGCAGACAGGUGGAGAGCGUGUGUCACCUUCUUCUGAAGAGCACCAGCUUCUAUUCCCCAGAAGAAGCACAGAGCACUGUUGCUUCUGUCAUUCAGACUCUGCUGUUAGUGGAAAACAUCCACAUGAAGACACAAAAAGCUGAUCUGAAGAGGAUACAGGAGAAGGUGCUGUGGUGGGAGGAGUUGAGGAGUUUUGCUCAGUCACAACCAGCUUUGCUCCGUUGGGAAAACACCCUGAGACACGGCCUGAUAGCAGGACUGCUGGAGCAGCUAACCAGGGACGGCGUCUUGGAAUUUAGCCUCAUGGAAACCAUGGUGUCAGAGAUCCACGCAGCUCUGAGCGAAUGCCUUCAGCGGUGCACCGAGGAGUGCAAAAGAAAGACAGAGAAUUUGGUGAACGAAAAAUGCAGCAAAAAGGAGUCUAAGAUGAAGAAGCUCCAGAGGAGUCACACCAAGGAGAAGAGCCGAGUUCUGGAAGGAGAACCGGCUCCCUGUGACCUGCAGGAACUCACUGAGCUGUACCUGAAUAUGUUGACCAAACACAGACAGCAGGUUUGUGAGCUGGAACUCCAACAGGACCACAGGGUUUCUGAGGCUCUUUUUGACCUCUGGAGGAAACUCCGUACCUGCUGGUCAAAGAGGCUUGCAGAAGCAGCCAGGGACGUCUUUCUCACCUCACUCCCUGCUCAGACGAGCCUCAGCGCUGAACGCUGUGAGGAGAUGUGGCUGGAUCUGGGGCAGGAGCUCGCCGCUCAGCUGCAGCAGGCAGAGGGCGCCGCCAGACGGCAGCUGCUGGACAUUCAGGCCGAGCUGAAGCAAGACGAGCAGGUGUGGGAUGAUGGCGUUGCUACGGUGCGCGGCUGCCUGAGCCACCUGGGAGAACGACAGAUGAAAAUCCUUCAUAGGAUGGUGACCAGACAGAGCUACAUGCUCAGCAGUGAGAUGGGGAAGCUGAUAGAAAGGAAACAUGAGCACCUCCUGGUGGUGGUGCAGAGGUACUUCCUUGCAAGGCACGUGUGUCUGCAGAUGCUGAAGGAGAUGAGGCUGUCCAAGCUGAAGGCUCUCUCCCAGAAUGACUUCAGAGCCCUGCUGGUGGAGGAGCCCAGUAAAGGCUGGCCUGGUGUUAAUCCACCCCAUAAGCAGAGUAGCGCUGCCAGCCUGGCAGACAGGCAUCUGGGCCCGGAGAGCCAGCUGCUGGAGAACAGCCACCAGCAGGAGUUCCUGUCUGAGCUGGAAACUGCAGCGGAGCUCCUUCAGAGUCAUGCACAGCUGGUGCUUGGCAACGCCCUCAGCUACGCCAUCCAUCAGAGCAUGGAGGCCGCAGCCAGAGCGUCACAGACCGCUGCGAAACAGGACAACAGCUCCAAACACCACCUGACAGAAUCCUCAGCACAGAGUGUGUAUUUGACCAAAGACUCUCUUACUGCCUUGGUUCAGAACUACUACUCACGUCUGAAAGACAUCAGCAGAAAACUGAAUCCAUUCAACACAAACCACGAGAUGAGUGGAAGGCAGGAGGGCAGCAGUCAGCUGAGGAGAGACAUGCUCAGGGAGCUGGAGAUCUGGGGCAAGAAACCAGCUUCUGCUGAGUUCCAACAGAGGGUGGAGCUAAAUAAGAGGAAAUUGCUGGAGCAGAGUGAUGUGGAUCAAGAGAUGCUUUUCCAGGUGAUAAGACAGAAGAAGGUCGCUCUGGAAGAAAGAAUAGAUAUGAUAAAAACACAGUUGAUGGAGGAAGAGGAAAGCUUCAUGACUGAGCUGGCAGCUUUGGCCCGUGUUUCCAUCCAUGCUCCUGCUGUGGAGCACAGCAGUGAAGAGGACAGCUCUGGUGACCUGUGUCCCCCCCCUGUCCUGGACCUGCUCGCCCUCAACCCUGCAUUAGAUCCAGCCUUGAAUCCGUCACUCACUCCCACUUAUGUUGCUCCAGCUGCAAAAUCCAAACCCAAGAAGAUGAGAGAACGAGAGGCUCGUGUCAGCUGAAAAACAAACUAAAGAUUUACGGGGCUGUGCGGCGGUUAUUCUUCUUCGCUAGAAGGUUGGGGGAGGGAAGAAGAAUGCAGACGAAAAGAAGACAAAACUUUGGGGUUGGAUCUUGAGUCGAGAAAAGCGCUGGUCGGACGCUUCCUGCUGUCGUAAAACCUUUCCACCAAUCAUUGGGUUACAUCAUGUGACGACAGAAGCUCCGCCCUCACGGGUCCAUUCCAUUUUUCUAUGGACCUAUGUUCAACUGGGGUCCAGAAAUGGUACCAGUUGGUCCUGCUUAACGGGCCCAUUCUGUAAUGGAGACACUCAAAAUUUCAUUCUGGCCCGGGCCAGUUCAGUCUUGACCGCUCAGUGGAAACGAGCCAUUAGGGUACCGGUACUGGUCCACAUACUGGUAUCACAGAUACCAGUAUCCUAACCCGGUAUCUGUCUGCACUGCAAGGUUUGGGGACCCCUGCUAAGUGUCUGUAGCCCGGUACCAAGCGCCCCUUGGACCGGUACCAGUUCACUCACAUAUGUCCAUAUAUAAACCAUAUGUCAUACGCAUAGUUCGGGCCCCCUACCCACCACUUUUUCAUGUUUUGGGUGUCCCCAAUUUGUCGUUUUUUUGGACGUGCUGGCUGUUUGUCUUUUUAAAGGGUAACCAAACCCUAAAUCAACUUUUUCUUUAUGUUGA